GAUAAUUUUCGAUAUCUUCUAUAUAGAGAAAUGAAGCCGACGGUAGCUGCAGACGAAAUGUUUCCUGAAGGUGUUGGACCAUAUAUGGAUUUAGAGGAAGCUGGAGGUCCUUCUAACUUGCUGAUGGACUUGGCUGCUAAUGAAAAAGCUGUACAUGCAGACUUCUUUAAUGAUUUCGAAGACCUCUUCGAUGAUGAUGACUUAAAGUGACGCCAGUUUUUAGGACUGUAAUGAUUAGCUGCUGUUAUGUUAGAUUCUAAUUAAUAUACUUUAUUUAAUAACAUAAUGCAGUGUUUUAAUAAAAUUGAUUGAAUAAGA